GAAUUUGGCAAACGAUAGUGUGACCAAAUGUGUAAUUUACUCAAAAUAAAGAUUAAAAACCUACCCUUUACGUCACAUGGUAACUAUCCGUUUCACAGUAUUAUCCGCCCUCUUUUUUAGCAUAGGGCAUUUCGACUAUAAAUAGAAAGGUCUUCUGACGAACCUCGUGAGCUACAGAAAACAUGGGAAGGCUAAGGCUGUUGCUAAUAAUAUUAGUGUCGUUGCUGGUUUCAAAAGUGGCGAUAGCUGCUGACAUUAGCCGGAAUGACUUUCCGAAGGGGUUUGUGUUUGGAACGGCGACAUCCGCUUAUCAGGUAGAGGGCAUGGCCCAUAAAGGUGGACGAGGGCCUAGCAUUUGGGAUGAAUUCAUCAAGACUCCUGGACUUGAACCAAACAAUGCAACAGGAGAAGUUACAGUCGAUCAGUAUCAUCGGUAUAAGGAAGAUAUUGAUUUGAUGGCAAACCUCAACUUCGAUGCAUAUCGCUUCUCAAUCUCAUGGUCUCGAAUAUUUCCAAACGGGACUGGAAAAGUCAACCCUGAAGGAGUUGCUUACUAUAACCGUUUAAUUGACUACAUGCUUCUAAAAGGUAUUACCCCUUAUGCCAAUCUAAAUCACUAUGACAUUCCUCUGGCCCUUGAAAAAGCUUACCUUGGAUGGUUGGGACAUCAAGUUGUGAAAGAUUAUGCUGAUUAUGCGGAGUUUUGCUUCAAGAGUUUUGGAGACCGAGUGAAGAACUGGAUGACAUUUAACGAGCCGCGAGUGGUGGCUGCGCUUGGUUAUGACAACGGGUUUUUUGCUCCGGGAAGGUGCUCCAAGGCAUACGGGAAUUGCACGGCUGGGAAUUCCUCAACUGAACCCUACAUUGUCGCCCACAAUAUUAUCUUAUCACAUGCAGCUGCUGUUCGUAGAUAUCGUCGGAAGUAUCAAGCAACACAAAAGGGAAGGAUCGGGAUUUUGUUGGACUUCGUUUGGUAUGAACCACUCACAAGAUCAAAAGCCGACAAUAUGGCUGCUCAGAGAGCACGAGACUUUCAUGUCGGCUGGUUCUUGCAUCCACUUGUGUAUGGUGAAUACCCAAAGACGAUGCAAAACAUUGUGAAGGAUCGUCUACCUAAAUUCACCAAACAAGAGGUGCUCAUGGUGAAUGGAUCUUUCGAUUAUGUUGGGAUAAACCAAUAUACUACUUAUUACAUGUAUGAUCCACAUCAAAAGCCACCAAAAGACCUCGGCUACCAGAUGGACUGGAAUGUAGGCUUUGCUUAUGCACGCAAAGGCGUACCAAUUGGUCCACGGGCGUAUUCAUACUGGCUCUACAACGUACCCUGGGGUCUACACAAAGCCAUCACUUACGUCAAAGAACGUUAUGGAAACCCGACCGUGUUUUUGGCUGAAAAUGGCAUGGACGAUCCUGGUAAUAUCAGCCUUGGAAAGGGUGUACGUGAUACCACAAGGAUCAAUUACUACAAGGGUUAUUUGGCUGCCUUGAAACAGACUGUUGAUGAAGGCGCAAACGUGAUAGGCUACUUUGCAUGGUCACUGCUUGACAACUUUGAAUGGAGAUUAGGCUACACUUCAAGGGAGCCACCAUUACCAACGCCGCUUGGUCAAACAUACAGGUGCAUAAAUGGAGGAAAUUUUGUCGAGACAGGCAUGACUCGUCUAAUUUACAUAAUACUACCGUUCCUAUGUUUUGUUUAUUGA